AUGAGUGGCGGCAACAGGGGCGGACCCCCAAAGCAUCAGAACAAGUACGCAUGGAAACCCAACGCUGGUCGCAAAAUCAACGAAACUGAAGUUGGAGGAAGGUUCCGACCCCUCUCUGAGAUCACAGGGGUGUGUCCCCGUUGCAAAGAACAAAUCGAGUGGAAACGUCGUUAUGGAAAGUACAAGCCUCUUCUUCAACCUGCCAAAUGGAUGUGCGAAGGAGCAUGGUGUAUGCGCAAAGUGCUGUUGCAGUAG